AUGACAAAAGAAGAGAUUCUGAAAAUUCCACGAGAGGAGUUCUUCAAGUCGGUCAAAAUGGAAUAUCGAAGGUACUUCGAACCGUUUGUGGAGCCAGAAUCAGUGUACCCGGAUGGGCGUGUGAAUAUCGACUGUCCGUGCCUUCAUUCGGCACUCGCACACCGGUGUGGAUAUUUGAUUAGGCAGGCGUUGGUAUGCUUUAACGCUUCCAAGACAACGCCACGUGGCAUGGACUGCGAGAAGGAGUUUGUGACACACGCCAUUUGUACAGAAGAGGCGAAUAGCCAGAAUUAA